CUUUACCUGCUGAAAGUUUUUACAAUGGGCUGUGCACCUUCAAAAGGAAACAAUUUUGGGACUUUGGGCCCAUUGAGGAAAGGUCGAAUGCUGCCUCCUCCACCUUUACAGAGUCCCAGAGAAAGGCUAACUGAGGAGGAAAAUAGCUGCAAUUUUCCAGGGUCAGCAGAGCGGGAUACAAAGGAGAGGAAGACCUCUGGACAAAGUCAGGAUUCCCAAAAGGAUGUGCACUUUCCACCACAGAAGAGGUAUGAGCCUGACCUGACCCCUGAAGCGGUGAACAUGGAUAUAGUGAAGAGUCAAGGACUGGAAAAUAACACCCUGACCCAGAGGAAAGAGAAGACAAGAGAGAGGCCAGCUGGAGCUGACAAAAAGUUAAGUAAAAAGGCAAAGAAACACAGCAGAAGUACAAAGACACUAAAAAAGAAAGAGCAGGAAACAGACAAAUGCCACAGUGAGCAAAAAGUGGAUUUUCCAGAACCUCUGGUGAGAGCUCACCAAGGGGCUUACGGUUUUUUGAAUCCAAGUAUAGUCAAAUACGACAGUUUGGUUGAAUUGUUGGAACAAGCUACACAAACUCAGGUCCUUGUGCAGCCUAUGGUGGCCUUUAUGGCUUUACGAUAUGAGGAAAUCAUUCAGGGAUUAGAAGAAAUGGCAGAAGAGGGUGAAAAAGUGUUUAAAGAAUAUGGGGAACAUUUGGCCUGGCCGAGCCAAAUGAAGAACCUCUCAUCUUCAGCUGCAAAGUGCCCUGCUGAUGGUGAGCCCCCCCCGGACCUGCUACAGCAGCUGCUUCAGUACACCACACAGAGAAUGCGCAAUGUGAGCCACAGUGUCAGUCGGCUGGGGGACUCUGCCUUAGAGGAAGCAGUGGAGUACUUUGCUUCGGUCUCUGAGCUGUUAGAGGAGAAACUUAAAGCCAAACACACAGCCGAGAUCAGGUUAAUGCACCUUUUGUGUCGCAUUGAAAUGGCCUCUGUACGGAAGCCUGGCCCUGAGGACUCAGCUCUGUUUAGUGAGGACAGUGGUAUCGGAGGAGAGAGUGAAUCUACUGCUGGAUCUGAGAAGCAGCAUAGGCCAGAGAGUUGUGGGUCCACUGGGACAAACAGGACAAUGUCUGCCAGUCCAAUGAGACAUAACGCUUUUCCCAAAAGACAGAGAUCUUCAAGACAGAUGUUUACAAAUCAAAUAAAUCCAAGUGUUUCUCUCACAUCACUUCACUCAUUAGGCUCUGCAUGCACUAUCCUGCCUAAUGAACAAAGAGACUCAAUUCUAGGAUCAUUUUCUGGGGAGGAGGAUGAGGAUGAGGCUGAUGAAGAAAUGAAAGACAAACGUAUGUUUAGACCACGCUCUAUAUCUGUAGACAGCGACCAUCCCAGACGAAUACCUCCAAAGCGAAUAGAAAAUCUUCAAAAUAUGGAAAUGACACUGAAGAUGAAAAAUGCCAUCAGCGGUAGAAUACAGUUUUCCAAAUCAAAAACAGCAGACAGCCCCAAAAGGACUAAACAACAGUGGGCAGAUGAUAAAGAGCAAACGCCAAAGAGGCCUCAAACAGCUAAAGCAGUGGACAAAAAGACUGCGGUGACCAAAAGCCGUCGUUCUCAGUCAGCAGAGUCACUGAGGAGCAAAGGUGAGGAUCCCACCUUAUUUGAACUAGAAAGGACUCAAAAGGAUUUAAACCAAAAGCUUCAAAAAAUGUCCAAGAAUAAAGCAGUGACAAAUACUAAAACUCCUACAGCUAAGCCAAAUCAAAGAACCCCCAUCAUACAAUCUCCAAAACGAAUAAGGAAAAAUACAUCUCUGGAGAAGAAUGUCCAAGCCACUGGCAAUAAAGAAGGUCCUGUAGAUCAAAGCAAGAAGAAACAGGAAGAAAUGAACUAUGAGCAGGAGGAUAAUAAACCUGUUGGGACAUUAGUCAAUGACAUAGCUAAUGACAUAAAAGUGAGCACCCUUCCUACUCCCCCAUCUUCACCCAGGCCAUCCUCGCGCCUUUGCCGCGGUCGAAACUCUGUGAAAAAACUCAUCGACACAUUUAGCCAAGGAGUAGAGGAACGUGAGGGGCCUAAAGUCCUCGGGCCUCUUCGUGGAGUGAAAAAGUGUGGUGUCCCUGUCAUGCCUGGGCUGGGGAAUGUGGAGGCUGUACUCAGCACUGGCAUCACCAGCUGUAGACCUGAGUCUGACUCUGAGAAAAAUGACAUUUUCGAUCUGGACAGUUUGCCUCCACCCCCAAUGGAGGUUUUAAUGGACAAGUCCUUUGAAAGUGCUAAAAGUCUGUCAAACGCAUUGCCAGAUGAUGGAGUUACUAAAGUCAACAAAUCACCUUUGCCAAAAAGAGCCAUGGUAUCUCAGCGAUUGAAAGCUUCGGUGCAGACUGUGCUGCCGAGCAAAGGAGGUGUGGUAUCAGCUUCCAAAAGUAUUUCUGCUAAAGUUAACAGAGAUGAGACUCCUGCUCUGUCAAAGCUCAACCAACCAGAGCCCCUACAAAAAGAAAACAAUAUACUAUGCCAACAAGCCAGAAGGCCUAUUAAUCGUAGAAGCUGUCAUGCGUCGUCAGAAACUUGUGUCAGCGAAGAUACAUCUACUGAAAUGGAAGAAUGCCUCAUUGCUCCAGUGCCUGGGCCACACAUUACAGUGGUUGCUACGCCAGCUUCAGUCAGAAGUCAUCCACCUGCCACUCCUCCUGCGUCUAAGAACCGCAUGUUACCCUCCACACCCACCACGCCGAGCCUCGCACAUAGAAGACUCCCAAGUCCCAGCAAUCUCAGAAGACAGCCUUCACCAUCCUCCUCCAGCGGCUCCUCUACAGCCAGCACUCCCCCAAACUCAACCAUUCAGAGCAAACUUCCCAAGACACCAUUGUCCAAGCAAAACAUGUUAAACUACAACUCUGUUUCCUCUUACCCUUUCAAAGCCCCAUCACCCCCUGCCUCUCCUAAACUACAAAGAUGGUCAAGAGAGAACAGCAGAGAAGACUUAUCCUGCAAAAUGAACAAUGCCCGGUCAGUGUUCUGUCCCGCUUCCCCGUCACUGUUUGCAGCUCCACCUUGUCAUGUCCCCAAACCACCCGAAGCAUGGACGUCUUCUCGGGUUUCUUUUCUCUCUCGCAUGUGGGGUGGUCCAGGACGUUUCCCUGCAAAAGUCCACGGAUCACGUCCACUCAUCAGAAGAUCUCAGUCAGACAGAAGGUCAAGUUUAAAUCUACCUCCUCAAUCUCCAUCUAUCUCGUAUGCAGAGACCUGUGGCAGUGAGCCCAUGAUAUAUUCACCCGGGCUGGAUGAUGACCCACUGAGAGAGCAGGAUUUAUGGGGGAGCCAAUCAGAGCAGCGAGCCACACUGCGCUCUGCCUCUCACCCGGACCUGUGUGUUGUGGGACAGUCUUUGCACAUGGACUAA